AUGAGCGAGAGAAGAGGCCGUCCGCCAGCCAGAUUCUCGCCUUCGUUAUCGGACCAGACUGGUGAACGGAGAAGCGAAGGGUUAAAAGAUCGUCGAAAGGGUGAUGGACAACGUUCAAGCGAACGGCUGUCUGUACAACGGUCCGGCAAGUCGAAGAAUGAGGCCCAGGGCUCCGUGGAAAUCGAUGUCGUCAACUUGGGACCUGAAGAAGCUGCCUUUGUCCCACGACCACCGCAAAGUAUAGGACGAAAGCGGAAGCGCCAGGAGCAAACAGCGCCCGCCAUCAGUCCACAGCCAACACCGACCGACGAAGAAUGCAUAGAUGUGGCAGGGACAUCGCUUGAAGAAGAACAAGAGGACCAUGACUCGUCGGCUGAAAAUCCCCCGCAAUUAGCUCCCGCGGAAGCCAUCGAGAAAUCCGCUGCCUACGAUGCGUUGCGCUCGAUACUCCCCGGCCCCACACCUUCGGGAAUAGCUGCCAUACAUUUGUUGCUGGAAUCGACUCAGCCAGAGCAAACCGAUUACGGCGACUACUACUUGACCGUUAUACCCCGGAGAUUAACCGAGUUCUAUCGAAAGGAAAGCGUGCUAAAUAUCGUUGCCAACUAUGCACUCGAGACGCGUGAACUCGGCUGGGUAAACCGCACGGCUCCGAUCAUCCCUCCAUUUUCUGGCGAACCGGGAAAUUAUUUGUUUCUGGUCGACGGGUCGAAGCUGCCGCCUUCAGUGUUGAGGCAAGAUGCUCUUUCACCGUGGAGCAGGAAUAAGGACGAGAUUGUAAAUGGUGUACCCAAGCCGCACACACGAUGCAAGCAACGGCAUUUUCCGGUGGUUAUGGAGACGGGCAGAUACCAAAUCGCAGCGGGCGAACGGGCCCAGGAGGCAAUAUAUCGGCUGCACGAAUACACGGCCACCCACCCGCAUUGUGCACGGCUGAAAAAGCGGAUAUAUUACCUCGAGCGUGAUGGGACAGUUUUCGGGAAUUACAUGGUGCUCUAUGAGUUCACGGGAACGGGCGGGUACCCGAAAUUGACCAAGAAAAUGGAGCACAUGCUCGAGAUGCUGAGAAAAGGUGACGAACUGCCUCUAUUGGCAUGCAUCCCUGGGCAGGAGACCCGAUUCGCACAAAUGGAUACAAGCGAGCAGCUCGACAUUGAGGAAAUGAUCGAAGUGGAUGGGGAUAUUGAGGGAGAGGAACGUUGCGACACCAGCGCAGAAUAUUACAUUUGUGAGCACAGCGUAACACGCUUCAAAUAUCCAAGGCUACGCCGGAAGAUAUUUUUUGUCGUCACGCGCGAUGAGCAGUUAAUAGCGAACGUCAUCAUUCUAUACCUUUAUGCGGAAAAAGGGGCCCUACCCGCCUUACCAUCCGGCUCGACGCUUGCGAAUGUCGAGUUCGUCCAGAUCUCGGAGGAGACGCCAAUCUACGACCUGCUCGACGUGGUGGACACGAUCCAGUUGAUGCCAAACGCCCUCUUCGCCCGGGUGCUCGAUACCAGGCUGCUGCACGACAAGCGACGAAUUUUGGAGCUGGCCUUCAACCAGGCGGCCACUGUGUCGGAGCUCGGGCUGCUCAACGACAAGGUCCCCGGCAUGCCCCCGCAGACUCAGAUGACCGGGUGCUUCGUUUGCUUCGUCGACACGAAGUCGGGCGCGCUGGUUGAUCAGCGACAAUUGACCAUCGACGCGUUGGCACCGUGGAGCGAAGGGCAACGAGGCGCCGCCAUCUUCAUCCGUCCAAAAUACAAGCGCUACCAGCUGUACCGCAGCAACGAGAACGCGCGUCGCCUGGAAUUAUGCUGGAACGCAGGGGAAGCGGCUGUCGAAGAUAACGCCUCCGAAUUUUCGCUUGUCGUCUAUACAGCCACGCUGCCGCGAUGUCAGCGCCUGAAGAAGCGGAUCUACUACGUGAUGUGUGGGCGUUGUUUGGUCGGGAAUGUCGUCAUUUUCUACAACUACGAAAUUCCCGGACCUCUGCCUACCGAGGUGGCCCCACUGAACCUCGUCAACGCCGAGGUCCAGAAACGGGUGAACGCCGUCCUCGACUUUGCCGCCUUCCAGUUCAACUGCGGUUCCGAAAAAGAGGUGCUAGACGUGCUCUUUCGCGUUCUGGUGCAGCGAAACGAGACGCACUUGCUGCAGAACGUGCGCGACGAGUACGGCAUUGAGAUUCUCACGCAGGAGGAACCGCUCGACGUCUCUGGCGAGAACCCCAAA